AUGGCUUCUUUUCGUCUGUCGAUUGAAGAUGGCCAGUUCCGCGAUGUUCACGGUCGCCAGGUAGUGCUCCGCGGCAUCAACAUAGCCGGCGACUCCAAGCUGCCCAGCGAACCCCAUCAGCCAUCGCAGUCGGGCGCCAACUUCUUUGACGGUGACGGCGUCACAUUCCACGAACGACCGUUUUCCAAGGAUGAUGCCCACAUCCACUUUGCACGGAUCAAGCGGUUCGGCUUCAACACGAUCCGCUACAUCUUCACCUGGGAGGCCAUCGAAGCGGCCGGGCCGGGGAAAUACGACGAGAAGUUUAUCCAGCACACGAUCGAGAUACUACGCAUCGCCAAAGGCUACGGCUUCUUUAUUUUCAUGGACCCGCACCAGGACGUGUGGUCAAGGUUCACCGGCGGGUCCGGGGCUCCUCUGUGGACCAUCUACGCCUGCGGGCUGGACCCCAGGAGCUUUGCUGCCACCGAGGCUGCCAUUGUCCACAACACGUACCCGGAGCCUGCAGAGUUCCCCAAGAUGAUCUGGUCGACCAACUACUGGCGGCUGGCAGUAGCCACCAUCUUCACCUUCUUCUUCGCGGGCAAGGACUUUGCCCCCAAGUGCAUCAUUGACGGCGUCAACAUCCAGGACUACCUGCAGAGCCACUUUGUCGACGCCUGCGCUCACCUGGCCCGGCGGAUGCACGAGGCCGGAGAUCUGGAGAACGAUGUGGUCAUUGGCUGGGAGAGCAUGAAUGAGCCCAACCGCGGGCUGACGGGCUAUGCGGACCUGAGCAUCGUCCCCAGCGAGCAGCACCUCAAGAAGGGUACCAGCCCGACCAUCUGGCAAGCUAUUCUAACGGGGAGUGGCAGGGCGUGCGAGAUUGACGUUUACGACAUGGGAGGCCUCGGGCCUACCAAGUCCGGUACCAAACUCGUCGACCCGCACGGCGAGACCGCGUGGCUUUCUGAGGGCUACGACGACUCCCACUACGGGUGGAAGCGCGACCCAGGAUGGAAGCUGGGCGAGUGCGUGUGGGCGCAGCACGGCGUGUGGGAUCCGUCGACGGACACGCUGCUGGACAAGAACUACUUUGCAAAGAACCCGCGCACGGGCAAGACGAUUGACUACCCCGAGUUUACCAACACGUACUUUAUGGACUUUUGGCGGCGGUACAAGAAGGCGUGCCGCAGCAUCCACGAUGACUGCAUAAUGCUGAUGCAAUUCCCCACGCUCGAGGUGCCUCCCAAGAUCAAGGGCACAGCCGACGACGACCCCAAGCUCGUCUUCACUCCCCACUACUACGACGGCAUCACGCUCAUGACCAAGCACUGGAACAGCACGUGGAACGUCGACGUCGUGGGUGUCCUGCGCGGAAAGUACUGGCACCCUGCCUUUGCCAUCAAGGUCGGCGAAACGGCCAUCCGAAACUGCCUGCGUGACCAGCUCAGGUACCUCAGCGACGAGGGCAAAGAGCAGACGGGCAACCACCCGUGCAUCCUUUCCGAGUUUGGCAUCCCCUACGACAUGGACGACAAGGCCGCCUACAAGACGGGUGACUACUCGAGCCAGUCGGCGGCCCUCGACGCAAACUACUUUGCCGUCGAGGGAUCGCUGCUAGAAGGUCACUGUCUCUGGCUGUACACGACCAACAAUGACCACCAGUGGGGGGAUCAGUGGAACGGAGAGGACCUGUCCAUAUACUCGCUGGACGACACCAUCCCUCCGCUCUCGGCUGUCCCUCGCGAUACGUCGUUGCCGUCGUCGCCGACAACAGCCAAGGAUGGGCCUGCGCAUGCCGACAACGCCAGCGAGGAAGAGAGGGUCAACCCGGCCAACCUGCGGCGCGCCCUGGCAAGUCCAUCCAUCGAUUCCACGCCCUCUGGCAAGGACCCGGAGCUCACCAAUGCGCCCGGAUACCGCGCGGCCGAGGCAUUUGUCCGUCCCACAGCGACGUUUGUGGCGGGCGAUAUCCUAGCCAACGGAUUCGACCUGCGCAACUGCGUGUACACACUCAAGGUGGACGCGCCUAAGCCAGCUGGCGACGAUGCCCCCACCACAAUCUUCCUCCCGGAGUUCCACUUCCCCAAGGACAUCAGCGAGGUCAACGUGUCCGAGGGACGAUGGGAGAUUGCCUCUGAUGAGGGAGAGGGCGAGGGUAUCGUUCUGCAGAAGCUGAGGUGGUGGCAUCCCCAGGGAGAGCAGAGUCUCGAGAUUACGGGUCUAGCCAGGAAGCAUAACGUUCCUGCUGGUUCGACUGAUGAUGCCACUUAUCUUGAGCAGUGCCAGGACAGUUAUACGUCUAGCUGUACGGUCAUGUGA